AUGCCUCCUCUUCGUGGAUUUUCCGAUAAUCAUUUCCAUGACCGGAGAGAUAUUCUCAAUGCAACAAAGGCAUUGACAAGGGCACUUGAGCCAUACUUCUCACCCGGAAAGGCACGAGUUCAAUUACCUGUUCAUUCCGCCGCGCACUUUGACGAAGAUGCUGCACAGCUUGAAGGAUAUGCGCGCCCAAUCUGGGCAAUCGCAGCAGCAGCCACAGCCGCAAGUUCUUCAACCGACCCAGAAAUCACCCGCUACAUUCAAUAUUUGGUAGAAGGCCUGGCCAAUGGAGUUGACCCAACACAUCCUGAGUAUUGGGGUGCUAUUGGAGACUGGGAUCAGCGGAUGGUGGAGGCUGAGCCGAUUUCAUUCGCACUGUUGAUUGCGCCUCAGAGCUUCUACGAAAGGCUUUCUGAUCGAAGUCGUUCUCACUUAUUUGAUUGGCUUUCUGGUCUGAAUGGGAAGAUUAUGCCAGAGAAUAAUUGGAGAUGGUUUCGCAUCUUUGCGAAUCUUGCUUUGACUCGCGUCUGUGGAGUGCCAUAUGGAGAUGUCGAAAAGUAUAUCAACGAUGACUUUUCCAUGCUUGAUCGCUUUGAACUAGUGGAUGGGUGGUCUGCUGAUGGGAUCUGGAGAGAUGAUUCUCUUUCUGGUCAAGAAGCCUAUGGUCGCCAAGCCGAUUAUUAUUCCGGAAGCUUUGCAAUUCAGUAUAGCCAAUUACUCUACUGCAUAAUUGCUGAAAAAUCCGACCCCGAAAGAGUCGCUCAUUAUCGAAACCAGGCAACAGAAUUUGCCUGUCAAUUCUGGAGGUUCUUUGAUGAAGAAGGCGCCGCUAUCCCCUUUGGCAGAUCGUUGACUUACCGAUUCGCGAUGGGUGCAUUCUACGCAGCUUUCGCCCUUGCCAAAUGCUAUGACAUCUCAAACCAUUACACAUCCCCGGCAUUUGUGAAAGGAAUGUUGCUACGACAUCUCAGAUGGUGGGCAAAGAACUCUUCUCAAAUGUUCGCGGCGGAUGGAACCUUGACAAUUGGGUAUCUUUAUCCGAACAUGUUCAUGUGCGAGGCUUACAAUUCUCCUCAAUCUCCUUACUGGGCCAUGAAAAGCUUUGUGAUUCUCGCAUUAGAAAGCAACGAUGAGUUUUGGAUAGCGGCCGAAGCUCCACACCCUCUGUUUUCCACAUCGCCUGAGUGUAGGCCCAUCUCCGGAGUCAAAUAUUUACCCGCCCCAUCUCAGAUCCUAUGUCACCACCGCGCGGGACAACAUCAUUUUAUGCUAUCAGGGGGUCAAUUCUGCAUGUGGCCCUUGAAAGCAACAGAAGCAAAGUAUAGCAAAUUUGCCUAUUCUUCUGCGUUUGGGUUUAGUGUUCCAACCGGACGAUUGUUGGCCCAACUUGCUCCGGAUAACACGCUUGCCAUCAGCCACGACGAUGGCUGCACAUGGACCACAAGGUGGGAGACAAUAGGAAAUCCUCAUGCCCAAUAUAUCUCACUUGGCGGAGUGGAACUCAAUUGUCUUCAAAGUACCUGGAAGCCUUGGAAAAAAGCCGAGCUCGAAAUCGAAACGACUCUUAUCCCACCCUGUGAUGAAUGGCCGGAUUGGCACGUCCGAAUCCACCGCAUAAAAAGUCAAAACCAUAACUCAAAUAGCGAGAACCUUAUCCUUGUUGAAGGAGGUUUUGCGAUUCAAGCAAAACAACCUCGGCAGAUGGUGGCGCUGAAUCAAGACUGGGCCAGUGGAUCUGAGCAUGAGGGAACCUUGGAAACCGAUGUCAGCUCACUUGUCCUUAGUCGAGCUGGUGUUAGUGGCCUCAAGAGUUCCCUUGAUUCAGGGACUGUGGUUGAAGGUAAAAUCUUGAAAUCCGACCCAAACACAAACUUAAUAGAGCCCCGCGCUCUUAUCCCAACUAUACAACACAAAGUUACGAUUCAACCAGGUGGAGGAAUUGUUAUUGCGACGGCGGUAUUUGCCAUUGCUAAUGGAAAGAAUGAUAUCACAAGGGAAGAGCUUUUUAAAAGAUGGUUUCACCAGCCUCAGCUGGGCGAUGCCGUUGAGGCACUCAAGGCGUCACAGGCCGAUUAA